GAUGCGCUGGGUAAACACGCACUUACAUCCCCCCGCGGCGGGCACGCACAGCCUCUUACCCCGGGCGCGGGGUGCGCGCGCCCGCCCUCGGGCGCUUUUGUCUCUGUGAGCCCCCGGCUUCCAAUCGUUCCCCUGGGAGGAGUGGCUGCCAGGAGUGAGAGACGAGCGGGCAGGCCGAGGAGAAGGGAGAGGAGCAGAGGGCGGGGGAACCGGCCGGGGGAGGAGGGGAGACCGAGGAGGCGGCUCUGGCUGCGCGCGGCAGCGGCGGCGCGGAGAGCUGGGACCGGGAGCCCAGAGCUGGGCAGCGGGAGAGGAGCAGCCGCAGGAACUGCAGCUCUGCCAGCUUGGGCUGAGCCUAGAGAUAUCGGCCUGGCUGGUCCACGCCAGCCGCAGACAGAGGCUGAGCAUGGAGCUGUCCCCUUGCAGCCCUCCCGAGAUGCUGGAGUCGGAUUGCCCGUCACCCCUGGAGCUGAAGUCAGCCCCCAGCAAGAAGAUGUGGAUCAAGCUUCGGUCGCUGCUACGCUACAUGGUGAAGCAGUUGGAGAAUGGGGAGGUCAACAUUGAGGAGCUGAAGAAAAACCUGGAGUACACAGCGUCCCUGCUGGAGGCCGUCUACAUAGACGAGACGCGGCAAAUCUUGGACACAGAGGAUGAGCUUCAGGAGCUGCGGUCAGACGCUGUGCCUUCCGAGGUGCGGGACUGGCUGGCCUCCACCUUCACCCAGCAGACCCGAGCCAAAGGCCGCCGAGCGGAGGAGAAGCCCAAGUUCCGCAGCAUUGUGCACGCCGUGCAGGCUGGGAUCUUCGUGGAGCGGAUGUUCCGGAGAACGUACACCUCCGUGGGCCCCUCCUACUCCUCUGCGGUCCUCAACUGUCUCAAGAACCUGGACCUCUGGUGCUUUGAUGUCUUUUCCUUGAACCGGGCAGCCGAUGACCACGCUCUGAGGACCAUUGCAUUUGAGUUGCUGACGCGGCAUAACCUCAUCAGCCGCUUUAAGAUUCCCACUGUGUUUUUGAUGACUUUCCUGGAUGCUUUGGAGACAGGCUAUGGGAAAUACAAGAACCCUUACCACAACCAGAUCCACGCAGCUGACGUGACUCAGACAGUCCACUGCUUCUUGCUUCGCACAGGGAUGGUGCACUGCCUGUCAGAGAUUGAAGUCUUGGCCAUCAUCUUUGCAGCAGCCAUCCAUGACUAUGAGCACACAGGCACUACCAACAGCUUCCACAUCCAGACUAAGUCAGAAUGUGCCAUCCUGUACAAUGACCGCUCAGUGCUGGAGAACCACCACAUCAGCUCUGUCUUCCGAAUGAUGCAGGACGACGAGAUGAACAUUUUCAUCAACCUCACCAAGGAUGAGUUUGUGGAGCUGCGGGCCCUGGUCAUCGAGAUGGUCUUGGCCACAGACAUGUCUUGCCAUUUCCAGCAAGUGAAGUCCAUGAAGACAGCCUUGCAGCAGCUGGAGAGGAUUGACAAGUCCAAGGCCCUGUCUCUACUGCUCCAUGCUGCAGACAUCAGCCAUCCGACCAAGCAGUGGUCAGUUCACAGCCGCUGGACCAAGGCUCUCAUGGAGGAAUUCUUCCGCCAGGGUGACAAGGAGGCAGAGCUGGGUCUGCCCUUCUCUCCGCUGUGUGAUCGCACUUCCACUCUCGUGGCACAGUCCCAGAUUGGUUUCAUCGACUUCAUUGUGGAGCCCACAUUCUCUGUGCUGACCGACGUGGCUGAGAAGAGUGUCCAGCCCCUGGUGGAUGAGGACUCCAAGUCUAAAAACCAGCCCAGCUUUCAGUGGCGCCAGCCUUCUCUGGAUGUGGAAGUAGGAGACCCUAACCCUGAUGUGAUCAGCUUCCGCUCCACCUGGACCAAAUACAUUCAGGAGAACAAGCAGAAAUGGAAGGAACAGGCAGCAAGCGGCAUCACCAACCAGAUGUCCAUUGAUGAGCUGUCCCCCUGUGAGGAGGAGGCCCCGCCCUCCCCUGCCCAAGAUGAACACAACCAGAAUGGGAAUUUGGACUAGCCUGGGGCUGGCCCCGGUCCUCAUUGAGUCCCAGUGUUAGAUGUCAUCAGCACCAUCCAUCGGGACUAGCUCCCCCAUCUGCUCCAAGGGAGCAUGAAGGUCGAGGAAGAGACAACCCACCCGAAGGCCAAAUGCCAGAGAAUGUGGGGUUGGGGAAGGGCCCCUCCCCAUCUGACACCCAUUGGGCCAUACUUUAAUCUCCCGGCAGCAAGACUGGGGAACUUCAGGCUCCCAAUGGUCACUGUGCCCAUCCCCCUGCCUCUGGACUCCCCCGUGGCCAGAUGGAUGUCUGGGGAAGGGGAGCUUCCUGCAGGCUCCCCAGGGUUUGGGGGGAGGGUCAGAGAUGCCAGCCCCCUGGACCCUCCCCCAUCCUUUUUGCCUCCAAGUUUCUAAGCAAUAAAUUUUGGGGGUUCCCUCAGCCCCCCACCCCAGAUCUUAGCUGGAAGGUCUGGGUCCCCUUUUCCUCCCCUGGGAGGGGCUGGAACAGGAGAGAAAGCUGGGGGGUUUCAGAGCCCGAUGCGUGGGGAGGGGAGUGGGCUCCUUCAGGGCAUGGUAUCAUUUUAGGGCCUGGGAAUGGGGGGUGGGCAGCCUCUUUACCCCAGACCUGCACUGCUUCAGCCCCAUCCCCAGCUCGGCCCCUUACUUCUUCCCUCCUCCCAUUCUGUCAUGGCAACUGGAGAAGAGGACCAGGGGCUGAGAGCGGGUCUUUCCUGGGGUCCUUAAGAGCUUGGGACUGGUCUGGGUCUGGGACAUGGAACCUGCCCUGGCUGAUGCCUGAGCCUUUUGCCUCCUUCCUCUCCCCUGGGCUGGAGGCUCCCAUCCGACCAAUGUCUGUAACGUGCUUUGAGUCUCCUCAACCAAGCACCUUCAGGAUGCAUCUUACGAGCACAGGCAGGAGAGACCAGCUGGGUCAGGGUCAAGGGUGCAUGAUGGGGGUGAGGUAUAAUCCAGUAAUACUGUGUUACCACCAGAGGAUCCCUCCCCUUCUCCAUUCCAGCACUGGCCCAGCUGCGGGCACCAAGAGGCCCCUCCUCUGUGACAGUGGGGAGGGGUGGGAGGAAGGCAGAUGGGGAGGGGCUCAGGGUACUGCUGUAAUGCCCUCUGAAGAGAGCCCCCCAGGCCCCCUGUCCCUUCCUCUCCUCAGGUUCCUCUCACCCCACCUUGUCCCAGGAAAGGCCCAAGUCCAGGUGACUGCCCUCCUUCUUUCUCGUAAAUAUCAAUCAUGCAUCUGUACAGUGGGCCCUGUUCAUGUGAAGUCCAUAUCCAUGGUCUCUUAGACCUGCCACCCUGCCACCUGUCCCCCCUACCCCACCCUGAGUAGGGCAGAGACGCAUGUGACUCAUCCCUGCCCUCGGUCUCCCAGAACCCUGCUAUAUAGUCAGAGAUCAAUAAAGAAGGGAGACCAGG